AUGUCUACCAAAACAGGCGAAACGGCAGUGUCGUCAAGAACUUCAGCACCUGUGAUACCUGAAAAGCUCAGCGGAGAUGCUUCGCCCUCACACGACACCUGGGCAAUGGAGAAUAGUAACAAGGAACAGACUCGAUCUGGCGUUGACGAUGCGUCAACCGAUAAGUCAAGCACUGGCGGCUUCGUACUACUCAUGACCGUCACGGCUUUGGCUAUGAGUAUGUUUUUGGUUUCGUUGGAUAUGACCAUUGUAGCAACUGCGAUCCCGAAGAUAACAGACGAGUUUGGCGGCAUCGAGGAGGAAGCCUGGUACGGAUCGGCGUUUUUCAUUACAUUGGGGAGUUUUCAAGCUGCGUGGGGGAAAGCAUACAAGUACUUUCCGCUGAAAAUAUCCUUCCUGUUAUCUAUCGUUGUAUUUGAGGUUGGAAGUUUAAUUUGCGGCGUUGCGCCAAAUAGCCUUGCGCUCUGUAUUGGACGAGCCAUCACCGGCGUCGGGGGUGCAGGGAUUUCUUCGGGUGCAUUUACCAUUAUCGCUUUAUCUGCACCGCCUAAACAACGACCAGCAUAUAUUGGAAUUCUGGGUGCCUCGUAUGGGAUUGCUGCGGCUAUUGGACCUCUCGUUGGUGGUGCUUUCACGACCAAUAUUACCUGGCGCUGGUGUUUCUAUAUCAAUCUACCAAUUGGCGGGCUGGCUGGCGGGAUCAUUCUAUUCUUCUACCGACCUCCUCCUCCGUUGCCCUUCCUGAAUACGCCGCUGAUAGAAAAGCUACGUCAAAUGGACCUACCUGGCACCUUGAUCCUUGUUUCGGCUCUAGUCUGCUAUGUCCUCGCCCUUCAGUGGGGUGGGGUUUCGCUGUCGUGGGGUGAUUCUAAAGUUGUUGGAACUUUAGUUGGAUUUGGUGUGCUGUUGGUUGUCUACGCCAUUGUACAAUGGGCACAAAAGGAGCGUGCUGCAAUGAUUGGGCGACUGUUCCGUCGAAAUGUAGUGGUCAUGAUGAUCUACAUUGACCUGCUAGCGGGAACCUUUUUCUUGCUGGUAUACUACUUACCGAUCUACUUCCAGGUGGUGUCGGGUGUGUCUGCUGCCCAGAGUGGCAUCCGAAAUCUGCCUUUGAUUCUUGCCCAGAGUGUUUCGACCGUCAUAUCUGGUGUUACCCUCAGCAAGUUUGGAUACCCCCAGCCUUUUCUCUUGGCUGGGGGAGUACUCACCGCGAUUGGGUCGGGUUUAUUGUACACGCUCGAGGUUAACACAAGCUCUGGAAAAUGGAUUGGCUACCAGCUGCUGGCUGGUAUUGGCAUUGGAUGGUGCUUCCAGGUUCCUGUGGUGACAGCUCAGGCAUCUGUUGCGCCUGAGGAUUUGCCCUCUGUGACGGCCAUGGUACUGACUGUGCAAACCCUGGGGGGAUCAGUCUUCGUUUCGGCUGGCCAAUCAGCUAUGGUCAAUGUUCUUCUCAAAACCCUCCAGAGUGAGACUUCAACUGUAGACGCCAUCAAGGUUGCGAUGACAGGUGCAACGGAGCUACGCCAUAAGUUCUCUUCCGCCCAAAUGCAGUUCAUACUGACUGCUUACAUGAAAGGCCUCCAAGCGGCAUUUCUUGUGGCCAUAGUGGCGUCUAGCGUGGCUACCGUGGUCUGUUUGGCGACUCGAUGGCUUAAAUUCUCGGGCCAAACCACUGCUGCCGCCGCCUAA